AAAAACACUAACAACACUCGGGCGCUGCUUUUUUACACAAAAGACUCUUCCUUUCUCUCUCUCUCUCUCGCGUUCUUUCUCUGGGGGCGAAGGCAGCGAGGAAGGAGAAGCCGCGAUUCCUCGCUUCUCUCCUUCUGUCGCGCUUUGUUGGGGGCGUUGGAGGGUGGAAUUUGAUUGGGGGUGGAUGAUCUGGCUGUGUUUCGAGUCCAGAUCCGUAGGGGAGGGGCGAUCGUGAUCGGAAAGGGGAAAGAGGACGAAGCGGAGGCGAUCAACGUUGGGAGUGGUGUGUUGGGUUGGAGGAAGAGGAGGGGAGGGGUUUUGGGUUUGGUUGUUCUUUGGGUUUGAUUUGAUGAGCGAUGAAAAAGGGUAGAGAGGAUAGUUACUCGAGUUCGCAGAUAAAGCGGCCCAAUUCGUCGAUGUCUGGGCAAGCACAUAUGGCGAAUUCAGCAGCGGUGAGCAACUCUAGUAAAUUGACGACUCAUGAUGCCCUUGCCUAUUUAAAGGCCGUGAAGGACAUCUUCCAUGACACCAAAGAGAAAUAUGAUGAAUUUCUGGAAGUAAUGAAGGAUUUUAAGAGCCAAAGGAUCGACACAAGUGGUGUUAUAGCAAGGGUGAAGGAGUUGUUUAAAGGGCAUCGUGAUUUGAUACUUGGAUUCAACACAUUCCUGCCUAAAGGUUAUGAGAUCAAGCUACCUGCUGAAGAAAAGAAGCCUGUUGAAUUCCAAGAAGCAAUCACUUUUGUAAACAAAAUAAAGAAUCGUUUUCAGAAUGAGGAGCAUGUGUACAAGUCAUUCCUUGACAUUCUAAAUAUGUAUCGUAGGGAGAACAAGUCCAUCACUGAUGUCUAUGAAGAGGUCGCGACACUAUUCCGGGAUCAUCACGAUUUGCUUGAUGAGUUCACACACUUUUUACCUGAUACCUCAGCCACAGGAGCUCAGCAGAAUGUAUCUGCUGCUAGACCGAUGUUCCGCUGGGAUGGGAGGCCUUCUAUUGUGCCAGGAUUGAAGUUAACAUCUCCGGGUCAGAGGGAGAGAACUUACAAUUCACACACUGAUCGGGACCUCACAGUUGAUCGUCCUGACCUGGAUCAUGAUAGGCAGAGAAGAAGGGCUGAAAGGGAAAAGGAUAGGAAGGAAGACAGGGAUAAGAGAGACCAUGAGCGGGAUGAAAAGGAUUUGGAACAUGAUAGUAGGGAUUUGGACAAUAUGCAGCGCAGAAGAAAACCUUCUCGAAUAGGUAAUGAUGCCAUGCCCGAGCAGUUACAUCAAGGUGGGGAAGGUGCUGAGAACUUUGCAACAUAUAGCAUUUCAGCUUCCUCUUAUGAUGAUAAGAAUGCCUUGAAGAGUGUUUACCCACAGGAAGUUAAUUACUUUGAUAAGGUCAAGGAGAAGUUGCAUCCGGAUGGAUAUCAGGAGUUCUUGAAAUGCAUUGAUAUAUAUAGCAAAGAGAUAAUAAGUAAAUCUGAGCUAAAGAACUUGCUGUGCGAUGUCCUGGAAAAAUAUCCAGACCUUAUGGAUGGUCUCGAUGAAAUUUUUGCCAACCCUGGAAGUAUAGAUGGAUUUUUGACCGGUGUAAUCAAUAAAAGGCACAUAGCUAGACCAGUUAAGGGCGAGGAGAGAGAUAGAGACAGAGAGUACGAAAGGGAUGAGAAGGACAAAGAAAGAGAUCGUGAGAGGGAAAGGGAUAGAGAGAGGGAAAGACUUGAUAAAGGUGUACCUUUUGUCUCUAAAGAUACAGCAUCUCAGCGGAGCACUUUGACUGCAAAUAAAGAAAAGUAUAAUUUGAGCAAACCAAUUUCAGAGCUUGAUCUCUCUAACUGUCAGCGUUGUACCCCUAGUUACCGGCUUCUUCCUAAGAAUUAUCCAACACCUCCUGCUAGUCAUAGAACUGAGCUCGGUGCAUCAGUCCUGAAUGAUGUCUGGGUAUCCGUAACUUCUGGAAGUGAGGACUAUUCUUUUAAGCAUAUGCGCAAAAACCAAUAUGAGGAAAGCUUAUUCAGAUGUGAAGAUGAUCGGUUUGAAUUGGAUAUGCUACUGGAAUCGGUGAAUGCAACUACCAAACGAGUUGAAGAGUUGCUAGAAAAGAUUCAAGAUAACACAGUCAAAAUUGAAAGCCCAAUUCGUAUUGAAGAUCACUUCACUCCUUUAAACUUGAGGUGCAUUGAAAGAUUAUAUGGUGAUCAUGGACUUGAUGUGAUGGAUGUUCUUCGGAAGAAUGCUAGCCUUGCUUUGCCUGUGAUACUAACUCGUUUGAAACAGAAGCAAGAGGAGUGGUCAAGGUGUCGUUCAGACUUUAAUAAGGUCUGGGCUGAAAUUUAUUCCAAGAAUUAUCACAAAUCACUUGAUCAUCGUAGUUUCUAUUUCAAACAACAGGACACAAAGAGCUUGAGCACAAAAGCUUUAUUAUCUGAAAUUAAAGAAAUUAAUGAGAAGAAACGGAAGGAGGAUGAUGUACUUCUGGCAAUUGCUGCUGGGAAUCGCCGACCUAUCAUUCCUAAUAUGGAAUUUGAGUAUGCUGAUCCAGAUAUUCAUGAAGAUCUAUAUCAUAUCAUUAAGUAUUCAUGUGGAGAGGUCUGCACAUCGACAGACCAAUUGGACAAAGUUUUGAGAAUAUGGACAACUUUUCUGGAGCCAAUGUUCGGUGUUCUGCCCCGACCCCAAGGUGCUGAGGAUGCUGUAGAUGUUGUGAGAACUAAAAAUCGUGCUGUCAAAAGUAAUUUGGCAAGUUCUAGGGAAAACAAUGGGUGUCCUGGUGCUGUUGUUACUGGAAACAACAAGCCAGUGAACCCUAUUAUGAAUGGUGACGACGUCAGUUUACCAGAACAAGGAAGUCUUUACAAGGCUAGGUUAGCUAAUGGAGAUACACCAGUCAACAGAAAUGGCUUUCAUGAUGCUGAUCGAUCUGCUGGCCGAAGUGAUAAUCCUUGUAGCACUCCACUUCAUGUCAAGGUGCAGAGCACUCCUAUUGCUGAUGAGAUAUCUGGAGUCACCAUACAGACUGCAGCUGCUGAACAACUAGCAGAUAAUAAUUCUCUUGCAUCUAGAGGUGAACAAGCUCAUGGUAGAGCCAAUCAUGAAAACACAUCAGGAUCAACAAAUGCAAAAUCUGGUCAUGCUGGUGCUGAGAGGGUUCUUGAAACAUGCGCCAACAAUGAAGUUCUUCCAUUAGAGGGAGGUGAGAAUCUGAGGCAAGUUGCAUCUGCAAAUGGUGGUUGCACAACUGAAAACACCAAAGUUCGCAGAUACCAUGAUCCUUCUCCAUCUCAGAAUAACCUAAAAGUUGAAAGAGAAGAAGGUGAGCUAUCACCCAAUGGUGAUUUUGAAGAAGACAACUUUGUUGUCUUUGAGAAUUCUGCAGCAGAUGCAGCUCCAAAACGGAAGAAUAGUCCUAGUAGUAGACAAUAUCAACCGAAACCUGGAGAAGUUGCAUCUUCUAGUGUAGCUGCAGGAGAUAAUGAUGCCGAUGCUGAUGAUGAGGGUGAUGAAAGUGCUCAAAGGUCAACAGAGGAUAGUGAGAAUGCUUCCGAGGCCGGUGAGGAUGUUUCAGGCAGUGAAUCUGGUGAUGGUGAAGAGUGCUCCCGUGAAGACCAUGAAGAAGAAGAAGAUGAUGCAGAUCAUGAUGAUCCAGAUGGUAAGGCUGAAAGUGAGGGUGAGGCUGAGGGAAUGGUCGAUGCACAUGAUGCUGAUGAAGGAACAUCAUUGCCAUUUCCAGAACGUCAACUUCACACUGCAAAACCUCUUGCAAAGCAUGUGCACGAAGCUCUUCAUGACAAGGAAGAUAAAUGUUCAAGAAUUUUCUAUGGGAAUGAUUCAUUUUAUGUGCUUUUUAGGCUUCAUCAGACUUUGUAUGAGAGGAUACUUUCAGCAAAAAUGAAUUCAUCAUCUGCAGAAAGGAAAUGGAAAACUACAAAGGAAACAAGCCCUCCUGAUUUAUAUGCAAAAUUUAUGAGCGCUUUGUAUAAUCUGCUUGAUGGUUCUGCUGACAAUACAAAGUUUGAAGAUGAUUGCCGUGCUAUCAUUGGGACUCAGUCCUAUGUGCUGUUUACAUUGGAUAAGCUGAUAUACAAAGUUGUUAAACAGCUCCAAGCAGUGGCAUCGGAUGAUAUGGACAAUAAGCUUCUUCAACUCUAUGCUUAUGAAAAAUCGAGGAGGCCUGGAAGGUUCAUGGAUGUUGUUUAUCAUGAAAAUGCACGUGUCCUCCUUCAUGAUGAAAGCAUCUAUCGAUUUGAAUGUAUUUCCAGUCCAACACAGUUAUCUAUUCAGUUGAUGGAAUAUGGUCAUGAAAAGGCUGAAGUUACUGCUGUUUCUAUAGAUCCCAAUUUUACUGCAUACCUAUACAAUGACUUCUUGUCUAGCGAUCCUGAUAAGAAGAAGAGGCGUGCUGUUUUUCUUGGAAGAAAUAAGCGGAAAUUUGGAACUGAUGACUACUCUUCCUACUGCACUGCCAUGGAUGGAGUCCGUGUUGUCAACGGUUUGGAAUGCAAGAUCUCAUGCAGUUCUUCUAAGGUGUCUUAUGUCCUAGACACAGAAGAUCUCUUAGUUCGUUUUGUAAAGAGAAGGAGACAUUCCUAUGGAGGUAAUUUGUCAUGCCGUAAUCAGGCACACUAUUUGAACAAGUAUGCUGUGAAAGUACAGCGUUUCCAUCGACUUAUGUCCAGCAGUUAACAUGACAUGUUGUGAAGGAUUUGGACAAAGUCCAGAGUCCCAGACAACGUUGUUAAGGAUUACCAUACACAAUAUCACAUCAUGCACCCUCUUUCACUUGAAAGAUAAAGUCUGAGACUUCUAGUAACUUUGAUUUAUGAAAGCAUUCUAAUUUAUACCCCAUGCAUGGAACUGAAAUUGACAUUUUUCUGUUUUGUUUGACAUGAACAUUUUCAA